UGUUAUCUGGCUGAGUUCCCGGAGCGCCACUACUCACUCCCCAUCCCAACUGGCGAAAUGCAUGAUAUUCUUCCUGAGGAUUUAAUUUUCAAGUUUGGGUGUGCGUGUUUAACCUGAUUGCUCAGAGGGAUCCGGCGUGGAGAUGCCCUGAUUAUGCCCACAACGGAGCUAGAACAGCACACGAAACACAAGAUAACCCAGAGGUUGGUUUUCCAUGGUGCAUUGAAGAUUAACAAUGAGAUUCCGACUAUUGAAGAAGAACGUUAUUGUGUUCCUAGUCAUCUUAAUUGUCGUUAUAAUGUUAUUUUAUUUCAAACGUGGGACUGGAGAUGAAGGAAGCAUCGAUGAGACUGUUAACGAGAGUACACAAACUGUUGUUUUGGGUACAUUUGGGGAUGGGACCAUAUUGAGUAUGAGGAAGUCUGUUUAUGACAGCAACUACAGACAGGACAUUCAGAAUGGAGAGAAGUUUCCAUUGGAACCGGAGCUGGUUAUUGUUGUUCAAGUCCACAAUAGACCGGCUUACCUUCAAAUGCUCAUCCAGUCCCUUGAGAAAUUAGUUGGAGUGCAGAACGUACUUCUGAUAUUCAGUCACGACUAUUUCUCAGAGGAAAUUUCGGAUAUAAUCAAGGGAAUCUCGUUCUGCAAGCUUCUACAGAUAUAUUUCCCCUACAGCAUACAGCUGUAUCCAAAUGAAUUCCCAGGACAAGAUCCUCAGGAUUGUCCGAGAGACAUAUCUAAAGAAGACGCGAUUAAACGGGGCUGCUUGAAUGCAGAACACCCGGACUCGUAUGGACAUUACAGGGAAGCUCCCAUCACACAAACCAAACACCACUGGUGGUGGAAGCUGCAUUUCGUGUUCGAACGAGUCCGGGUUCUUCUGGGAUACAACGGGUUUGUUGUGUUCAUCGAGGAAGACAACUAUCUUCUCCCAGAUUUCCAUCACUACUUCAAAUCUAUGACUGAACUCAGGAAAACCAGCUGCAGGGACUGCGACGUCCUCGCAUUGGGAAACCAUGACAGUUUGUCUGGCUUUCAGGAGCUUUCCACCAAAACAGAAACUGCAGGAUGGCUGUCCACCAAACACAACAUGGGAAUGGGCAUCUCCAGAGAGCUGUACUACAAACUGAUGGGAUGCAACAAUGAGUUCUGCACCUACGACGAUUAUAACUGGGAUUGGACCCUCCAGAACCUGUCUGGGACGUGCAUCUCCAAACCUCUUAAAGUGCUAGUGGCUUGUGGAAGCAGAGUUCUUCACACAGGAGAUUGUGGCCUGCACCAGAAGGACGACUGCAAGCCUGAAAUGGCUCAGGAGAAGGUGGACGCAGCGCUUAAAGGAGUCCGAUCUGCGCUUUUCCCUCCGAUACUGACCCUGACAGACCAUGGACCCGUGGAGCAUCAACCUCACAUGAAAAACGGAGGCUGGGGGGACGUUCGUGACCACACGCUUUGCAUCAACUACGCCGCACGACUCUGAGCCGGGAGUUUUCAUUGAAGCCACAAGUGCCAUGCAGAAUAUCAGGGUAACGUGUAUGCAGGUUAAAGGUGUUGCUUUCACCAAAAAUAGGAAAAUAAUUUGAGUUAUAAUAUAGUACGUGUAUACUUGCACGUGUGUGUGUGUGUGUGUGUGCAGAACCAACUGUAUCCAGGAGGCCACAACUUUUUUUUUUUGGUUUGUCUUCGACAUACUUAGAAUUCCACAUGUCUUGGGUUUACCUUGCAAUAGAAACAUGCAUGCAUUUUAUGCAUUGCAUGCAUUUUAACAAUUCUUUUUGUCAUGUUUCAAUCUGAUUUCAUAAUUCUUGAACAGCCUCCACAUUAGUGUUUGUUUUGCUCCUUUAGUAGAAAGUCCAUAGUGACAAAAUCCUAAAUGCUUUUGUAAAAUUGUGCAAAAACAUGCAUGCAUUUAAUGCAUUGCAUGCAUGUUAACAAUUCUUUUUGUCUUGUUUUAUUUUCAUUUAAAAACAAAUCGCAAAUUUCCAUUCUUUGUUUUGUUUAGUAGUAAAAAAAACAGUUAAGAACACAUUUAACGACAGUAUCUCCAAUGUUUUUGUAAAAUUCCACAUGCAUGCAUUUUAUGCAUCGCAUGCGUUUUAACAAUUAUUUUGUCUUGUUUCAAUCUGAUUUAAUAAAAACCAUAAUUUUUCUUGAACAGCCUCCACAUUAGUGUUUGUUUUGCUCCUUUAGUAGACAAGUCUAGUUAUGAACACAUUUAGUUUUUGUAAAAUUCUGCAAAAGCAUGCAUGCAUUUUAUGCAUUGCAUGCAUUUUAACAAUUCUUUUAGUUUCAUUUUACUUUAAUAACAAAUCACACAUUUCCCUUGUUUUGCCCCUUUAGUAGCAAAGUCCAGUUAUAGUGACAAAAUCCUAAAUGUUUUUGUACAAUUGUGCAAAAACAUGGAUGCAUUUUAUGCAUUGCAUGCAUUUUAACAAUUCUUUUUGUCUUGUUUUAUUAAAAUGUUUUGACAAAUAGCAAAUUGACCAUGUUUGUUUUGCACUUUUUGAAGCAAAAUCCAUUUAUGGUCACAUUAAGCAUUAAAAUCUUAAAAGUUUUUGUGAUAUUCUGCAAAAGCUUGCAUGCAUUUUAACAACUAUUUUAGUUUCAUUUUAAUUUAAUAACAAAUCACACAUUUCCUUGUUUUACACCUUUAGUAGCAAAGUACACAUAUGGACACAUUUAGUGACAAAAUCCUAAAUGCUUUUGUAAAAUUGUGCAAAAACAUGAACAAUUAUUUUUUUUAAUUAUUGUUUAGUAGUAAAAAAACAGUUAAGAACACAUUUAACGACAGUAUCUCCAAUGUUUUUGUAAAAUUCCACAUGCAUGCAUUUUAACAAUACUUUUUGUCUUGUUUCAAUGUAGAAUGAAUAGCUCAUCUUAAUUUUAUAUUACAAAUAUCCACAUUGGUUCAUUUGACUUUUGUAGUGGCAAACUUCAUUUAUGAACACAUUAAGCAAUAAAUAGUUUUUGUUAAGUUCAGAAAAAACAUGAAUGCGUUUUGCGCAUUACAGCUCGUUUUGCCUUGUUUUAAUCAAAUUUAAUAACAAAUCAUGAUUUUAAAUCAAUGAUAUCCACACGGAUGUUUGUUUGGCUUUUAUAGUAAAGGUAUGAACACAUUUAAUGACAAUAUCUUCAAUGUUAUUGUUCUUUUUGUUUUGCUCCUUAAGUAUGAAAGUCCCAUUAUGAACACAAUGACAGUGUAACACUGUAACAUUCCGUCUGUCAAACUAUCUUUUUAUUGUUGUUGUUUUUUUAAAUGUUGGGACAUAUUUUUGUGAAUAUGUUUACUCAAGUUGGAAUUUCCCUUAAUUUACACAAACAAAUUGUGUAAUUUGCAUAUGACUAUUAGUAGAAUUUGCAUUUUUGCUACCAUAAUUCUCUUGAAUUGUUGGCAAGAGAUUGUUUGUUUUGUAAAAUGCAAAGUUCAUUGUGGUGGAAGUCAAGGUCACAGCAAAACCAUUAACUUUAUAUUCAUGUGAUGGUAGAAUUGUGCAAGUGGUUAAAUGUUUUCUUUACAGCCUUUUUGAUUUUUACAACUGACCGUGUGUGUGUGUGUGUGUGUGUGUGUGUGUGUGUGUGUGUGUGUGUGUGUGUGUGUGUGUGUGUGUGUGAUAGGAAGGAAAAUCUGUGUCCUCCUCAUGAUUUCCGUUAUACCUUUAGGGAGGAAAAGCUGACAUGCUCAAAUGAAUUGCCAAACAAAUGUAUUUAUUAGUUGUAUUUUGACUAGAGAUACUUGUAUGUGUGAAAGUGUCUGUCUGAGAGACAUUUCUUGCUCUUAUAAUUGUUGUUGUUUUGUACGGGUAAGAUACUGUAAGCCUUUUUAUGUAAGCUUAAAUUUAUGACUGGAUCACUAAAAGCCAUAUUCAUACUUGUUCGUUAAACAUUGAGCCAAAGACAUUAUAUGGAGUGUAAACUGAAUCACAACUUUCUAACUCUGUUUUUCAAUCAUGCAUACUUGUUGAAAUUGUUUCUGAUUUGGGGAAUUUUAAAGGGGUGGAAUCAAUUUUAAACCUUUGUUGAUGUUCCGUGUGUGUGUGUGUGUGUGUGUGUGUGUGUGUGUGUGUUUCUCAAACAUAAUUCAGUAACUUGGCAUUAUAAAACUGGAGGUUGUAAAUAAUAUUUUGUGUGUAUAAUACAUUCUGUGUUGUCCUUGUUUUUAAAAAGCAGUUCUCGUUUUAAUACAAGUGCACCAUCUUGGGCAAAAUAGUCAAUUUCAUAACCAAAUUCCAUCAAAUUGAGUCAUUUUUAACAAAUUAAUGCAAAUAAAAAUUUUUAUAUAUUGAGUUUUAUUAAUUGUAGUUAGUUUAAAAUUACACAAUUGAAUUUGAUGGAAUUUUGUAAUGAAACUGAAAGGUUUAAUUCUUAAAAAACAUUAUUUUUUUGAGUGUUUCAAGACUGCUGACUUAUUCACAUGCAAAUUAAAAGUUUAAAAUGGCCAUCAAGGUCCUAGACAGUAAUGACAGGCCACGUUUAAUCAAGUUUUGCAAUGUUUUGAUGAUUAUAAAAGCGGAGAAGACUAAUGUUUAUAAAAGUUCAGUAAUGAAUCACUAAUGUAAAUGUGUACACUGCCCUCUUUCCACUAGAGGUCACUAGAUCAUGCAAAACCACUCAAGAAUAAUAGCAUAAGAAAUAGCAAUAUAAAACUAGAUAACGUUUGUGGACAAACUUUAGCUUGAAAAAGACUUGUCUGAAAGUUUAAGAUUAAUAGAUAGUCUACUAGGUUGCUAGGGUGAUCCCAGUUGGUUGCUAGGUAGUUACCAGGGUGAUACUAACGAGGCUCAUUGCUAGUCUGAGUCAAAUGAGCUAAACCGAAAGUCUCUACAAUGUUCUGCUGCAGAGAUACACUGGCGGCCAGAAGUUUGGAAUAAUGGACAGAUUUUGCGGUUUUGGAAGGAAAUUGGUACUUUAAUUCACCAAGUAUAGUCACGACAUUACUGAUGUAAAACAGCACCAUUGCUAUUUGAAAAAAGUCAUUUUUGAUCAAAUCUAGACAGCAGCAACAACACGCAUCCUUGAGUAAUCAUGAUAAAUUGAUCAUUUGGUGCUAGAAAAUCACUUGCCAUUAUAUCAAACACAGCUGAAAGAUAUUUGGUGCGUUAAAUGAAGCUGAACGUUGUCUUUGUGUUUGUUUUUGAGUUGCACAGUAUGCAAUAGACUGGCUUGUCUUAAGCUCAAUAUUAGGUCAAAAAUGGCAACAAAAAAAAGAAACAGCUUUCUCUAGAAACUCGUCAGUCAGUCAUUGUUUUGAGGAAUGAAGGCGAUUCAAUGAUUGAAAUUGCCAAUAAACUGCAGAUUUUAUCCAAAGGUGUAACUACAGUCUUAAAGACAAAGCACAACUGUCUCUAACAAGGACAGAAAGAGAUGUGGAAGACCAGAUGUGCAACUAAACAAGAGGAUAAGUACAUCAGAGUCUCUAGUUUGAGAAAUAGACACCUCACAUGUCCUCCGCUGACGGCUUCAUAGAAUUCUACCCGCCGUUACGGCUCUAAACCCCAUUGAGCUUUUGUGGGAUCAGCUAGACUGUAAGGUGUGUGAGAAGUGCCCGGCAAGACAGACACAUCUAUGGCAAGUGCUACAGGAAGUGUGGGGUGAAAGGUCAAGUGCUACAGGAAGUGUGGAGUGAAAGGUCACCGGAGUAUCUGGACAAACUGACCGCUAGAAUAACAAGGAUCUGCAAAGCUGUCAUUGCUGCACGUGGAGGAUUUUUUAAUGAGAACUCUUUGAAGUAGUUUGAGUAGUACAUUAUUAAUGUCCUGACUCUACAUUGUGAUCAGUUGAA